CACACACACACACACACACACACACACACACACACACACUCACUAUAUGAAGUUCUGUAUCACUGGUGUGUCGUCAGAGGUUGUGGUUAGCUAUGCGUCAACCAUCUGUGAAGAAUUUGAAAAAGGAAAGCGAGGAGGCGAGAGCGGGUGGAAAUGGGCUUUAAAAGCCGACGGAGACAACGACUCCUCCAGCUUGAAGAAGACUCGCAGCCCGGCUCGAAACUCCACCAGCGCCGCCACUACCGCUCUCACCGUAACCACUACAACUUCCACAGCAGCUAUCGCCCUUCUCACGGUUACCGGGACGGUUCUGACACUCACCCCCGGGGUCGGGAUCUCCGGCAGCGGUGGAGACGCCACAGCGAGACGCGGGGAAGAAUCGCGGCGCAGUGAGUUUCGGGGGUACCCUGAAACAACUCGGGGUCUGUCUGCUCUAUACGUCGCCACUCUCCAGCGGUGGGAGUUCGCGUCAAGAGGAACUGGUCGUCCCGGUACCGGUAUCCUUGCCCGGUUUUGGAUCACGCUGGUGCGGUUCGUGUCGGUUAGAUUUGGAGCGAUGGAUCUGAGAGCCGGUCCCCAUGGCCCCCUCGCACUCCUAUUGGCUGCCCUGCUGAAUGCUCUGAGAGUCCCUGCCCUCAACGUGACUGACUCCGUCUCCUCGGGAGCCUCCAUUCAGAGAACCUACGAGCUGACCAAGUACCUGGAGCACCAGCUGAGAGCCGUCACUGGAGCCUAUCUCAGUUACCUAGGCCCCCCCUUCAACGACCCCGAUUUCAGCGCCCCGCGCCCCAACUCCUCGGAGCCCUCCCUGCCCAGCGCCACCACCAGACUGGACAUCUGGAAAGGGAUGGGCAAUCUGCAGAGGCUGUCCGAGAACCAGCGUGCCUACAGCCUGCUCCUGGGCGCAGUGAGGGGGCUGGCUGAGGGGACCCUGUGCCCCUCCCUCCAGCGAUCACUGCACCACCUGUGCACUGGCCUGCAGGGGCUCCUGAUCAGCAUCGCCGGGGUGAUGAGCGGCCUGGGGUACCCUUUACCCCCCUCCAUUGCCCCCGCGGGGCACCUCAAACCCAGCGCCCUGCUGCCCAGUUUGGGAGACUACUCUGGUUUUGGGGAAGUGAUCGUAACAGAAAGGCCUCUCCUCUUCAGACAUGCCGCCUCGGGAAACCCCGCCCCUUUUUCUUCCUCUCCCCCGUCGGGCCCCGCCCCUUCCAGGACAGGCCCCGCCUCUUUGUACGCCAGGCCGGCCAGUGAUUUCUCGCGCAAGAUGGCCGAUUUUUGGGUGCUGAGGGAACUGCAGACUUGGCUCUGGCGCUCUGCAAAGGAUUUCAACCGCUUGAAAAAGAGGCUGGCCGUGCAAAAGAGGCGGAGCUGAGGCUGGGGGCAUGGCUGUUCAAGAGGGGGGGGAGUGGCCGUGUAACCACUCCCAUCUCCCCGCCCAUUCUAAACUCUGAGAGUUCUCUUACUUAUAGACCUCUAUACAGCUCUGAAAUGUUGAGAGUGGAUAUCUCUUUCCUAUAGACCUCUAUACAGCUCU